GUACGCGCGUCUCGCUUGUGAUCAACAGGGCUUUUUCAAUCGUUUUUAAACGGCUUUUCAGUAGAAAUAAAUGUGUAUUUUAAAUAGUAGAGAGGAUAAAAACAACUGACAUUCUUAAUAUCGUGCAUAAAUUCAGAUCUAUAGCCAUGGAUGAGGCAAUAGCGAUUAUUUUAAUAUCCGUUGCGAUGUUUUUGGGAUGUUUUCUAUUAGGUUUAAUUCCACUUUUGAUCAAACUUUCUGAGAAAAGGCUGCAGUUUGUCAGUAUAUUCGGGGCAGGCCUGCUCUGUGGUACUGCUCUAGCUAUCGUUCUCCCAGAGGGGGUGGAACUGCUGGAAGAGUCAUGGAGAGUCUCUUCCUGCUCUGUGGCCCCAGCAGCAGCCAAUCAGAAUGCCAGUGACGGUGGGGUCGGAGGUCAGCUCCAGGAGAUGGGCCCCUCCUCUAAAGGUCUCCCAGCACGGUUCUUCAUCGGGGUCUCCCUGGUCGUAGGGUUCAUCCUCAUGUUCCUGGUGGAUCAGAUCAGUAGCUACUGCUCCAUACACGGGUUCGCCCCAGCACCGUCUGAGCGCUACAGGCGUCGGGAUGCUCUUCUCCGCCGGGACGUUCCUCUACGUAGCUACGGUCCAUGUACUACCAGAGAUCAGCUCCAGGGGGCAGCAGAGCUCUCCCCACCUCCACGGGACUGGGACCGGGCAGCAAGGGGUCCUGGGGGUCCUGGAGAGCCUCACGUUGAUACUAGGAGCAGGACUACCUGUGUUACUGGCCCUGGGACUACGUGAUGAUUAGUCUUGUGAAUCGACGCUAUCCUACCGAGUCUUGUUCAUAACUCAGCUAUUGAUAAUGAACAUUGAGCAUGAAUGUGAAGGAAGCCUGGAAAUCAAGUCUAUAACUAAGACCGACUGGUUAAUAACACAAAGAAGAAACCCACAACAUGUUACCAAACAUUAAUUUACACUGGAAUACACCUCAACUCUUACAUAGCUAGAGGUCUUUGGGGGUGUUUCUGUGUGUGAUGCAGUAUGUGUCAGUGUCUUUGUCUGAGAGGUUAUAAGGACAUGGGCUUUGAGCAAGCCAACAAAGGUAGGAAUAGUGUGUGUGUGUGUGUGUGUGUGUGUGUGUGUGUGUGUGUGUGUGUGUGUGUGUGUGUCAUGCAAAAGAGUGGGAUCAGAGCGAGAGAGAAAGAGCAGCGUGUGCUUCCGACUCCUAUGUAUAGAGCUUUUGUAAUUGUUGGUCUUGUCUGAUCUCAGUGGGACAUUCUUUUGAGCUAAACUAUUGAAGUUGUCUGAAAGAACAAGAACAUUGCACCCGGUUUCAAAAUAACCCGGUUUUGUGAUAUUUGUCCUUUGUCCCUCUACUGAACAAACAAAAACGUUUGUUUAUUUAUUUAGGUUAGCCAAAAUCCCAAACCAGAUUUUAAUCAAAUGAAUAACAUUUCGUCUUUUGUAAUUUUAUAAGAAAGGUUUUGGCUGGGGUUGCGUAAGGAACUGAAAUAUUCAGGGCAGGUUGUGAAAAGAAAUAUUUAGUCAUCUAAAAAAAACACUUUAAAUUAGGUUGUCAUAACACUGACGUGGCCUAAAUGAACCACAAUAUAGUGAUGAUUUAUUUAUUUUUUGAUUUUAUGUUGGAUGUGAUCAAGAUAUGUCUUUUUUAGACAAGAAAAUAUAUUUUUAAAUACAUUUCUACAUUGUGUACUAUAGCCAGGACGAUGUUGCCUGGUUACCAGUCUGUUUAGAUAUCGUAACACUCCUUGGCAAUCUGUGUCAAUUGCUAAACAUCUUAAUAACACAGAGUACCCUACGUGGUAUAUUAUCCAGUCUGGUACCCAGGCUAAGGACAAUAGGAUGUAUUUUUUAUGAAUACUUUAUCAUAACAAUUAUAGGUAACUUUUUUUUUUUUUUUUUUAAGUACAUAGCGUGUAUUCUAUGUAUG